AUGAUGAAAUUGAUGUUUGCUGAGUUUAAGAAUUCCAUGUUGAGGGAGUUUGAUGUGACUGAUUUGGGGAGAAUGAGUUUUUUUCUUGGCAUAGAAGUUUUGCAGAGAUCAGAUGGGAUUUAUAUUUGUCAGAGGAAGUAUGCUUUGGAGGUGUUGAAGAGGUUUAGGAUGGAGAACAACAAUUCAGUUCAUAAUCCCAUUUUUCCAGGUUGUAAGAGUUUUAAAGAUGAGAACGGGGCUCGUGUUGAUGAGACUCAGUUUAAGCAGAUGGUGGGAUGCCUCAUGUACAUAACAGCUACAAGGCCAGAUUUCAUGUUUGCAGUAAGUUUAAUUAGUAGGUACAUGGCCAAACCAACUGAGUUGCAUUUGAUGGCAGCUAAGAGAAUACUAAGGUACUUUAAAGGAACAAUUGGACUUGGGGUUUUCUACAAGAAGAGAGGGCGUGAAGGUCUGAUUGCAUAUGUAGAUAGUAACUAUGUAGGAGAUAUAGAAGACAUGAAAACUACAUCAGGCUUCGUUUUCAUUUUGGGGUAUGGAGCUCUUGCCUGGUCUUCAAGAAAGAAAACUAUAGUCACACUUUCAACCAUAGAAGCAAAGUUCGUAGUUGCCGCUACUUGUGCUAGUCAAGCUGUUUGGAUGAAGAGAAUAAUUGAGAAGCUGAAUCCAGAAGAAAUUGAAUUUCUCUCAAGGGGGUUUAAUGCUCAUGCGGUGGAAGGUCACUACAGUGAAGCUUAUGCCUCUACUGAUGAGCCCAUCCCUGUACCGGUGGUUCCCCAAUUCGCUCCGGGUGCACCGGAAGAGCUCCCGUAG